CUAGACUUCUGCGCAAGCGCACUCGCUCCGCACGUUAUUUUGGCGUUGUUAGCGGGUUAAAUUCAUGUUUCUAUAGCUUCACCGCGCCGUUCACGUACGUUGUGUGUCAUGUUUGUCUCCUAUUGGACUGACAGUAGCUGUUUUUAGCUGUUGCUCGAACCGGGAGGCAGAAUUCACGAAGAGAAAGCUGCAGUUUAAAGAAAGCGAAGUUAGCUUUAGCCCUCCGGAGCUACAAGAGGCAGCAUGGCAGCUGUACUGGAGCUGGUUGCAGGGAGCUACGAGCAGGUCGCCUUUGGUUACCGGGUGAAAACCGAGGAGAGGGAGUGGACAUCCAAGGCCAACUUCACACAUCACGCUCACACAGCAUCCAUAUCAGCCGUGGCAGCCAGUGAGAGGUUUGUGGUCACCGGUAGCAAAGAUGAGACCAUACAGCUGUACGACAUGAAGAAGAGGGUUGAACACGGAGCUCUGCUGCAUCAUGACGGCACCAUCAACUGCCUGGAGUUUUACGGGUCGUCUCAUUUGCUGAGCGGAGGAGAAGAUGGACUCUUGUGUGUGUGGAGCACGAAGAAGUGGGAGUGUCUGAAAUCCAUCAGAGCUCACAAAGGUCCUGUCACAUCGCUGUCCGUCCAUCCAUCUGGGAAACUUGCGCUUACAGUUGGGACAGAUAAGACUCUCAGAACUUGGAAUCUAAUUAAUGGACGAUCGGCCUUCAUCAAAAACAUAAAACAGAACGCACACAUUGUCCGAUGGUCUCCAGAUGGGGAUAAAUAUGUGGUUGUUGUGAAUGACAAAGUGGACGUCUACAACCUGGAGACGGCCUCUGUGAUUGCAACGAUCACAAACCCCAAGAGGAUCUCAUCUGUGAAGUUCUUAAACAACUCCAUCCUGGCCGUCGCAGGAGACGAUGAAAUCGUGAGGUUAUGUGACACGGGAAAAGAGAAAUGGGUGUGUGAGUUUAAGGCUCAUGAAACAAGAGUAAAAGCAGUUGACAGUUUCAUUAUGGAGGAUUACUGCGUGAUGGUGACGGCUUCAAACGACGGAUUCAUCAAAAUGUGGAAGCUUCAUCUAAAAGAGGAGCUGGAAUCUCCCACUCUCCUCGUGGAAGUGAACACAUCGGCCAGACUGACGUGCCUCGCUGUGUGGAAACCUUCGGCCCUGCAGCAGAUCGCUGAGGAACCAGCAGCUGAGGCAACAACAUCUGAAGAACUCGCUCGGGAGCUUUUGAAGACGAAGAGAGUGCGAAUUGCAACGGAAGAAGUCAUCCUAGAAGAUGAGAGCAAACCCAAAAAGAAGAAAAAGGCUGGUGGAAAAUCGAGCGAGAAAUAAUAAACACGUUUUAUUAUUGGUGGACUGUUUUAUAUCUGGACUUGUUUGUGCACAUGUGCAUUCUGCAGGUGAUAAACUGCAGUUUUUUUUGGACAGAUUUUAUGAAUAUAGUUGCUGUCGACGCUGAAAAGAAGAAAAGACAAAUGGAAAAUGAGAUGGGCAACAAUAAAAAUGUUUUAUAAUCCA